AAGACGUCAAGCAAGAUCCCAUCGAAAUGAUCCAUCUGAUCAGGAGGAGCAUCUGCUUGAAGGGAGGAAACUUCCAAAUACUGAUCUUCAUUUUGCAAGCAUUGUUGGUGACUUGGACUUAAUAGAAGACAUCUUAUCUGUCAAAGGCGAAGAUGUCAACUGCAGAGGGGAAGACGGGAAGACUCCGAUGAUGUGUGCCGUCUCAGAGGGACGUAUAAAAGCAAUGAAACUACUGCUGGCCAAAGGAGCUGAUGUGUCACUAGUGGAUGAUACUGGUGAAAACAUCCUUCAUGAGGCCUGUCUUGGGGGACAUGUUGAGAUAGUGGAGUAUGUCCUUUCGCUGGAAAAAGUGGACAUUGAACAAAAAGGGAACUACGGCAGGACACCGGUGAUGAAAGCAGCAGAGAUGGGAUAUAGAGAAGUGCUUGACGUCCUUGUUAGUAAGGGAGGCGACACGACAGCAGUGGAUGAUAAGGGCAACAACAUCCUUCAUGUAGCUUGUAUUGGGGGAAAUGUUGACAUGGUGAAACAUGUCCUUGCAGAAGAUCGCAUCAAUAGUAAAGGACAGUACGGGAGGACCCCAGUCAUGAUGGCCGCAUGUUGCCGACACAGAAAGGUAGUUGAAGUCUUAGAAAACAAGGGAGCUGAUAUAUCAAUAGUGGACAAUGACGGUAACAACAUCCUCCAUAUGGCCUGUAUUGGGGGAAAUGUAGAUGUAGUGAAGUAUGUCCUAACACUGGACGCUGUGGACAUCAACAGUAAAGGACAAUAUGGAAGGACACCAGCGAGAAUGGCUGAUUUCCGAAAACACAGAGAAGUGUUUGACUUACUUAUGGGCAAAGGAGCAGAUCUAUCACAAGUAGAUGAUCAAGGUGACAACAUCCUGCACAUGGUGUGUCUUGAAGGUCAUCUGGAAUUGGUCAAGGAUAUCAUCACAAAUAACAGAGUUGACAUCAAUAGCAGGGGACGAUAUGGGAGGACCCCGGUAAUGAAGGCAGCAGAGAAGGGGCAUAAAGAAGUGUUCAUCUUUCUUAUGAUUAAUAGAAGUGAUGUGUUUCUGAAGGAUGACCAUGACAAUAACAUCCUUCACAUGGCUUGUCUUGGAGGAAAUCUGGAAAUGGUGCAGUAUAUCGUCUCUCUUUGUAACAUGGUAGAGGACAUCAACAGUAGAGGACAGUACGGGAGGACCCCACUACUGAUGGCAGCAGGGGGUGGACAUACAGACGUGGGGAAAUUCCUCGUGGACAAAGGGGCCGAUGUGUCACUGGUGGAUGAUGACAGUAACAACAUCCUCCACUUGGCCUGUUAUCGAGGACAUGAGCAGUUUGUGAAGUUUGUUAUCUCGAAGAAUGUUGUUGACAUUUUGGCAGUAAACAAGCAAGGCCUAACAGCAAAAAAGAUAGCAAAAGAAUUAGGUGAUCAAACUGUAAAUAAUGUUUUGUACAGCAGCCUUUUAAAAUGA